UUAUGAGCUGGGACGGUGGCAGCCUGCCCCUCCUCCAGCCUGCUGCUCCGCAGCGUUGGAUCCAUUCCAGCCAAGCUCCCGCGAGUCUUCGUCAUGCAAGCGUGCCGCUCUGCACAUCACCCUGCCACGACUCACGACGGGCGGACCUGAGAUCAACUGCGAUGCACCACGCACCGGGGCCAAAGCCUGCCUCUUCCCCCUUCGUACCGCCGUCUGAGAGUACCACGUUUAGCUGAAAUGCAACGACAGCUGUGCGAUCCACGAUCAUGGGACAGGAGACGGGAUCUCCCGACCGCGAGCAGCCGCCCCCGCUGCCUCCCCGGAGAGCAGCAUCGAGCUCGGCGGAUGCCAGGAGCCUGCAGGCACAGGCUACAACCGCGAUAACUCCGGUGGACAUACAGACACUUUCCUUUCCAGACGGCUCACGUGGGACGUUCUCGACACCGGGGCCUAGAUCGGUGUCCACACCAAUCAGUGCCAGCAGUGGCCCAGCAUCGCCGACUUGCAAAGGCAGUGGCUCCGGCGGCGAAGGGGCUGAUGAUGGUGCCAGCAUAUCGAGCUUCGCGCCGACGAUGCGCCCCGCCGGCGACAUUGCGAGUCUACUUGCAGGAGACUUCAACAGAAGAAGCCCUGCCUGGAACCUCUUGCAAUCACAGUCCGCCACCAUACAACCGUUUGAGCGUGGCAGGCGCGAAGUUCCAGAUCGGCUUGCUGAGUUUCACAAGGAGACUGAGCCACUACCGGAUGAGUCGGACGAGAAAUGCAAGGACGAAGAGAGACUUGCCAUAUGGAAAGCGAAACUCAAACACUACAUGAUAUUGUCCUCCGCUGGCAAGCCAAUAUGGAGCCGUCACGGAGACCUCAACCUCAUCAACUCCUCUGUAGGAGUGAUACAGACAAUCAUAUCCUUUUAUGAAGGCUCGAACAAUCCACUGCAGGGAUUUACUGCUGGCAAUGCCAGGUUCGUCAUCUCGAUCCAAGGCCCGUUGUACUUCGUCGCCAUAAGCAAGCUGGGGGAGAGCGACGCACAGCUACGCUCGCAGCUCGAGGCACUAUACAUGCAAAUCCUAUCUACUUUGACGUUGCCUACGCUCCGCAAUAUCUUUCUCAACCGGCCGUCAACAGAUCUUCGCAAGCCGCUUCAAGGAACUGAGUCGUUGUUGUCGUCGCUGGCGGACAACUUCACAAUGGGCUCGGUUUCUGCCCUGCUAGGCUCCUUGGAAUGCCUCAAGCUGCGCAAGUCGGAGAGACACACCAUUAACAACACAUUCCUAAAGCUGAGGGCCGAGAAGCUCUUGUACGGACUUAUUGUGGCUGGUGGGAAGCUCGUGAGCGUCAUACGGCCGCGGCGGCAUUCCCUACACCCAAGCGACCUGCAGCUCAUUUUCAACAUGCUGUUCGAAUCGGACGGCAUAAAAGGUGCUGGCGGCGAGAACUGGAUCCCCAUAUGUCUCCCAGCAUUCAACAACCAGGGGUACUUGUAUAUGUACGUCAGCUUCUUCGAAGGUGUGACGGGCGAUCAAGCAAGCACAUCAGCCGCCGGGGAGGGCAAUGCUGCGGAGGGGGAGGUGGCCAUGAUACUCAUCAGCCCGGACCGAGAAAGCUUCUACGACUUGAAAAAGAUGCGAGACGACGUCGCCUUACAGUUGGUGAAGAACGGCAGCCUCGCCUUGAUCCGCAAGACAGCACGAGCAGGUCGUCCGACUGUUCCUCAGAUUGCACCGGGCAGUCAGAUCAGCCAUUUCUUGUAUAAGUCACGAGCCAAUGUGCAGUUCUGCAUGUCCUCUUGGGCGCCUGCUUUCGCUCAAGUUGUGGAGCGGAGAAGGCUCAUGAGCCUGUACCACGAAUUGCACGCAUCAGCUCAUGCAAAGCACGCCCAUUUAAAGGUCUUGCAUUGCUGCAGCGAGGAGGCGACGUCGUUGGCAUGGGUUACGCCCGUCUUCGAGUUCUAUUGCGUAGGUGGGCCAAACAUGUCGCGGUCGUCCAUGACGCAGGGAGCGAACAAGGUUAUCCAAUGGGCAAAGAAGGAAGAGCAACGUCUUUUCAUCAUCGGAGGCGGCGUUUUCUGAACAAAAAAUGCCCACAUCUACUGCGAGAAAUUAUCAUUACCACAUGGGGUGUGCAGCUGCAGCUGCAGCUUCAUAUUUACAUAUCAUGAAUCCCCCUUGACGCCAUUCAAUACUCCCGCACAUCCAGUGCAGAGCUUUCUAGUCAUGUCAUUAAGCCAUGAGUACCAUUAUCCCCUUUGCCUUUGUUAACCAAGUACCCGAUCGGCAGUCAGCCACUCAUCCCGAUUCAUCCUCUUCGGUUACUGCGACCACUGGCCGGGAAUAUCUGUCGGGGCUUGCAAACGUGCAAGGCGUCGACGCCUCGGAUGCCGGGGUGACAACCGUUGACUUGGAGGCACGCCGCUGGCUGUGGCUAAAGUAGCCGUCGUCCGACUGCUCUGAAUUCUUUCGGGAGAAUACGAAUGAUUUGCGUGCCCACUCGCGAAUUCUGUCGUUAACGCUUGCACGGCGACUUUGUUCUGAAGACGACCAACUAUCUUGGCGCCACUGUAGCGGAGACGACGACUGGGCUUGGGUUUUGGCGCGCGUUGAACCAUGGGAAGUGUGGCGUUUGGCCUCCAUUUCAGGUCUGUUGUGCUGCUGGUCAGGACCAGGAUAACUGCCGCUGCUGUCUGUCGCCAGUGUCGUCCGCGAGGCGUUCAUGAGCGCUUCCGAAAACGGGGCGUCGAAGACUUCGCGGAACCGGGGGCUGCGUGGACUGCGAAUGCCAUUCUGUAGAUUUCCAAAGUCGCGGCUCGCCUGAGGGCAAUCCGGCAUAAUGACAUGUAGGCUGGGCUUGCGGGACGCCAUUGUAAAGUGAAAAUGCGUAAUAUGUGAGAGAGAGAUUGGGGGCUUUUGCUGGCUCGCGAUGCGGGCGGUGCCUACACUACACCUCGAGGCUGGCGG